AAUAAAUGUACGCCAACUUCAAAGUUAAGCCAUUAGAAACAACAUAAAUGACCAGGUAGAGUACAAAAAGGUACGUUUUAAGUGCAAACGGACAUUCAAACACAGGUGCUGUGAUCCCAAAAUACGCCACGUUCUGUCACUUCGACUCGGAAAGCAGGAUUUCCCACGUCCCACGAAGGCAGCAGCUCAUCCGCUAAGCUAGGAGCGUGUUUACUGUUUACAUCCCCGCAAGUGUUCCAAGGUGCUUGCAGACGUUUUGUCGCCUUCGGACCAACAAAAUGUUGAAUUCUCAAAGAUCCGUGACGGAAUUACCGAAAAUGUCGUCCGCCAGUCAAGUGGAAAGAGCAGUGCUGGAGGAUGAGUUCAAGUGGCUUCUAAAGGAAGAAGUUCACGCUGUUCUAAAGCAGCUGCAAGAUGUCCUGAGGGAAGCGUCAAGACGUUUCUCAAUGCUGAUGCCAGGACUGGAGAGUCCACUCAAGCAGGAGAACUUCAUCCUGGGCAGCUCAACUAUGGAUCAGGUGAAAGGAGUACUGACACUGCAGGGAGAAGUGCUGACUCAGGCGGACAUCAAUCUGAAGGUGACAAAGAGCAGCCAGGUGCUACACUUCCAGUUCAGGGAUGACAAGCAGUGGAAAUUACAGCAGAUCCAGGACGCUCGCAACCAUGUGACCCAGGCUCUUCAGCUGCUGAGCAGCCAUGACGACAGCUACCACUUCAAGACGGGGGCGGAAGUGAACAAGCUGAUGGACGCUGUGAUGCUGCAGCUGACACGCGCACGAAACCGCCUCACCACCCCGGCAUCCAUGACGCUGCCUGAGCUGGCCACCAGCGGGCUGAUGAAGAUGUUCACUCCUCCGAUGCCCGGUGAUGUGAUGGUGAACUUCUACAUCAACUUGAGUAAACUCUGCCUGACAGUUUACCAACUCCACGUGCUGCCGUCCAACACCACCAAGUAUUUCAAGCCUUCUGGCAGCUCGGUGCUACACAGUCCUGGAGCCAUGUUUGAGCUCAACAAUAACCGCUUUGAAGUCAGCCAUGUUCACAAGGUGGAGUGUGUUGUUCCUUGGCUCAACGACACCUUGGUCUUCUUCACCAUCUCACUGCAGCUCUGUCAGCAGCUCAAAGACAAGAUAUCCGUCUUCUCCAGUUUCUGGAACUACCGGCCGUUCUAAGUGUGAAGGACACGCCCCUAUUUAUUAUUGUUCCAUGUGUAUCCACGGCCAUUGUUGUGCAAGAGCUGCAUGAUCAUCUUAAAGAGCCAGUAUCAGACAUAUCCAGUAGUUUAUAUGUAUGUGCGUAUGUAUGUAUGUGUACAUAUCUACAGUAUGUUGUUUUCCAGCUGACUGACAUUCCUCGCACAUUACUCUCUCUGAACGUGUUUUUGUUUCUGAAGUAUUUCAUGUUGAGAGAGUAUUAAGUAUUCAUGGUGUAGUACUCGUCAAUCCUUCAGCGAUCUGCCCUCAGGCCAAAUGGUGGACUUUGAAAGAUUGACCUUCGCUAACUUCUCAUUUUCUAAGUUGGAAACUUUCCUCUGGUGAUUAUUAGAAAGUGAAAUUUCAGUCAAAUGUGUACAAAUUCAGCACGACGCAUCCCAUAAUAACUCCAUGCUUUUGCACAAAGGCCACGCCCACUUUAUGCAAAUUUCUUAUCCUAUUAAUACACUAAAAUUAAAAGCACGGUGGGACGGGGGUUAGUGCAUGUGCCUCACAAUACGAAGGUCCUGAGUUCAAUCCCGGGCUCGGGAUUUUUCUGUGUGGAGUUUGCAUGUUCUCCCCGUGACUGCGUGGAUUCCCUCCGGGUACUCCGGCUUCCUCCCACCUCCAAAGACAUGCACCUGGGGAUAGGUUGAUUGGCAACACUAAAAUUGGCCCUAGUGUGUGAAUGUGAGUGUGAAUGUUGUCUGUCUAUCUGUGUUGGCCCUACGAUGAGGUGGUGACUUGUCCAGGGUCUACCCUGCCUUCCGCCCGAAUGCAGCUGAGAUAGGCUCCAGCACCCGGGGUGGUAUAGCUCGGUUGGUAGAGUAGCCGUGCCAGCAACUUGAGGGUUCCAGGUUCGAUCCCCGCUUCCGCCAUCCUAGUCACUGCCGUUGUGUUCUUGGGAAAGACACUUUACCCACCUGCUCCCAGUGCCACCCACACUGGUUUAAAUGUUACUUAGAUAUCGGGUUUCACUAUGUAAAAGCGCUUUGAGUCACUACAGAAAAGCGCUAUAUAAAUAUAAUUCACUUCAAUUCACUUCACCCCCCGCGACCUCGAAAGGGACAAGCGGUAGAAAAUGGAUGGAUGGAGACACUAAAAUAUGUCCUUAGUUUUUGUAGACACGAGCUAUCCUUUCCGGGAAAUUCACCCGAGAUGUGAAUUUUACAUUUACUCACGAUUUUAUUUGAUUCGGAUUCUUGCAGUGACGAUUCAAUUCAGAGUCAAAUCUCGACGAAACAAGAUCUUUGGUUCUACACGAUUCACAAUUCAAACGAUUCACGGAUUUCCACAAAUUCUUGAAUCAAUACGAUUUCCAAUUUGAACACAAUUCUCGAUGCAUCGCCAUUUUCUAUUCAACGCCAUUCUUGAGUCAACACAAUUCUCUAUUUAAUUGGAUUAAACAUUAUUCAAAAUUGGAACAAAUUUUGGAGUCAACGCGAUUGCCGAUUCUCGAUUUAACGCCAUUCUUGAUUUAAUACGAGUCUCCAUUCAACACGAUCCUUGAUGCAACACGAUUCUCUAUUUAACACGAUUCCUGAUUCCACUAUUCAAAAUUGAAACAAAUUUUCGAGUUAACGCAAUUCCCGAUUCACACCGAUUCUGGAUUCAACAAGAGUCUCGAUUCAACAAAAUUCUUGAUGCAACGCGAUUGUAUAUUCAACGUGAUUCUCGAGUCAACACAAUUCUGGAUUCAACGCGAUUCUCGAUUUAACACAUGUCUUCAUUCAACUCGAUUCUCGAUGCAAUGCAAUUUUUGAUUCAACAUUAUUCAAAAUUUAAAUACAUUUUCGAUUUACAAGUCUCGAUUCACACGUUUCUCGAUUCAACACAAUUGUUGAUGCGACGCAAUUUUCUAUUUAAUGCAAUUCUUGAUUCAACACAAAUCUUGAGUCAACAUUAGUCAAAAUUGAAAUACAUUUUCGAUUCAACAAGAGUCUCGAUUCAACACAAUUCUCCCGUCAACACAAUUCUUGAUACAACGCGAGUCUUGAGUGAACAUUAUUCAAAUUUUAAAUACAUUUUCGAUUCAACGAGAGUCUCGAUUCAACGCGAUUUUCGAGUCAACGGGAUUCUUGAUUCAACAUGAUUCUUGAUACAACACGAUUCUUGAGUCAACAUUAUUCAAAAUUGAAAUACAUUUUCUAUUCAACGCGAGUCUCGAUUUAACACGAUUCUCGAUUCAACACGAUUCUCGAGUCAACACAAUUCUUGAUUCAACACUAUUAAACAUUUAAAAAAAUGUUCGAAUCAACACGAGUCUCAAUUCAACGCGAGUCUCUAUUCAACACAAUUCUUGAGUCAACACGAUUCUCGAUUCAACAUUAUUCAAAAUUGAAACAAAUAUUUGCGAUUCUCAAAUCACACGGAUUCUCUCAAGAUGUUAUUAGUGACGUGAAUUUUACAGUUUUUCUCUUUUCCAAAGGGUUCCUGCUGUUUGGUGACGUAAACACACAGAUGGCCUAAAAACAUCAUGUUCAAAACGUUUAAAAAUUUUUUUUAAUCUUAAUAAGAACUGCAAUACGAAUGUGAAUCGAUUAAAUUUUUUCCAGCACCCCAAAAACUUACCAAGUGAUGAUAAUUAUUAUUGAAAAUGUUGUAAUUUGAAUCACACGCCUUCAGACUCCAUUGACUUCAUGCACUGUAAAAUAUUACCAUUAUUAUUAUUACUUGCGAUGUUGCACAAUUGUAUAAAAACUCAAAUUUAAAGUGAAAUUGUCUUUGUUUAUCGCACGUUUGGCUGAACAUAUCACAGGAAAAUGGGAAAGGAGCGCAACACAUUGUGUUACGAUGUACAUUAUUAAUAAAUCACUUGAUUAUCAUAUUAAUUGGUAUAAUCAUGAAUAUACAGUAGUAUGUCAGGAUAUGCAGUAUUACAUGGGGAAACGGGUGACCUAGUUUACGAGGUUUUUUUGGCUAAUUUGUUACAUUUGUGUUACGAGCCUCCCCACCACUAGUUGGCGUAGUAAAUGUCACAGUGAACUCCGUAAAAUACGACAAAAACGUCCGCUCUUACUCGCUAGCAUUAGCUUAUAGCUAGCAUUCGCUAUAACAGCCAGAGAUAGACACAACUUUAAUGUACAUUAUUAUUACAUACAAGUACUGUACUACAUUCUAUUGUAUAUUUAUAUUUAUAAUCUGAAGGUUCGUUUUUAUUUUUAAAAGGCAUCCUUUUUAGAAUUGUGAUGUUUUGGCGGUCAAACACCAAAAUAAAUUGAAUUUAAAUCAUUUCAACGAGUUUUUCGAGUUAUUCAAUAUUUGUUAUUUACCAGGUAAAAACUCGUUGAGAUUAAAAUCUCUUUUCCAAGAGGGCAGCAAAACAAAGUUACAGAAACACAUAUAAAAACCACAGAAACCGCAGCAGUCACACACCACAAUUAAAAAUUAACGACUUGCAUAUAUUGACAUUAAAACAAUGUAUAAAAUGUUUUAGUACAAACAAAUUAAAACUAGUACAACGCCCAAUAGAAACAGCUUCUCGGUACUUUAAAAUGGCCUGAAAUUCCCCCAAAGGGAUAAAUUCAGAUAACCUCAGAUCCUUCUGAGCUAAUCUGAAAGGUUUAUUUCCAAGAUUUGUGUUGGCUGUAAGAACAAACGUGCUAAAUAUGUCCUGCGACUUAAGGAUGUAGCGACUGGAAUCUCUAGACCCCUAGUUCUUAACCUUGUUGGAGGUACCGAACCCCACCAGUUUCAUGUGCGCAUUCACCAAACCCUUCUAGAGUGAAGAAAAAAAAAAAAUUCACAUUCAAGACAAAGUUAUAUGUUUUUGGUUACACUUUAGUACGGGGAACAUAUACUAAGUAAAAAGACUUCAUUUAGAGUUUUUUGGACACUAGGGGAACAUAUUCUAAGUAACAAAGACUUAAUUUAGAGUUAUUUGGUUAGGGUUAGAGGGUUAGGGUUAUAAUAAGGCCAUGCCGAAUAAGGCAUUAAUAAGUACUUAAUAAUGAUUAGUUUAGAGACUAUAUGUUACUAAUUUGCAUGUUAAUAAGCAACUAAUUAAUGGUGAAUAUGUUCCCCAUACUAAAGUGUUACCAUGUUUUUUUACUGGUGCACAAAAUGAACUGUGCAUGAACAUCACCUUGUUCAAAGAACAAAACCAACACAGUGCAUAAACUCACAACAAAUUACACACCUGCAAAUCAGUCUGACUUCUGCUGUUGUCGUAUCUGUAAUACGCCGAUAGGCAGAAGUUUGUAUUUACACGAUGAGUCAGGUGUUUCUUGACCUCCGCCGAACCCCUGAGGCCGACUCACCGAAAUCCUAGGGUUCGAUCGAACCCAGGUUAAGAACCACUGCUCUAGACAUAAAAGAACACAACUGAGGGGAAACCAGACCAAGAAGUGGUUUAUCUAAAAAACACAACCAUGGAGAAAAUCAAGAACCAAGUCAACUCGUAUCUUGAAGUACUACUGUAUUUCUAUUUUUGUUGUGAAAUAAUUUGAAGGGAAACACAAUCUUUUGCAGCAUUCUAAACUAGCUUGGUUACUUUUAGCAUUUUCUCAUCUGAGGCAUUCCAAUCUAAAAAUGAAGAGUAUAAUUGUGCUUAUUUAACUCGUCCGAGAGGAAAUAAUUAUGGACAUUGAAGAUGAUCUCUAAAAGUAAAAAUAAUAAGCUAAUAUUAUUGUCUUCAGACAAAAAGACAACUGAACGUAAAUUGAACCGGUGGUAGAACUAUUUUCAUGUAUUUCCUUUUAUACUGAUUUGAAUGAGUUGCAUGUUGUGGGAUUGUGCGGGAGAAAAGUGACAGUUUUGUCUUAAAAAAAUGAACGCUAAAGUGCGCAGUGAAAAUGCAAAAGUAUUCACAAUGAUUCCUGUUAUUUGUGUUGUUGCCAUGCAACCAUUUUCUUUCAAAAAGUCCUCUUUAAUGAGAACUGAACAAUCGUUAGUUUGUGUCAUUCCCGUGGUGGAAAUAAUAAGCUAUUGGUGGUAUAUUUUGCACACCUUUGUUGUCAUGGGUUCAUUAACAGGUUGUUGUCUCUGAUGCAAACACUGAAAGUGAAAGUGUUGUGUAUCAAGUAACUACUCUACUGAGAACACGUCCCGUUAUGAACUAACGCAGUCCCAAGAAGUGUUCCAAAUGAUUUACUGUGCAAUAAAAAAAAAAUGUGAAGAACAAACUGUCUGUGUUUUUAUCAACUAACUGAUUUUUUUACAACAUUUGUAAAAACAUCCUUUUGGAUGCCCCAGUUUUGUUUUAGCCAGUGG